AUGGGGUGCAGUGGCUCGAAGAAGGACGAUCUGCCGCUUGUUUCCCGCUGCCGCGAGCGCCGUGAUCUCAUACGCGCCGCCGCCAACCAUCGCUAUGCCCUCGCCGCCGCCCACGUCUCCUAUUUUCGCUCACUCAAAGACGUCGGCGAUGCUCUGCGGAGUUUCAUCGACGACGAAGUGGUAGCCACGUCAGCUUCUCCUUCGCCGUCUCCGUUGGAAAAGCUCGAUAGUGAGAGUCAUGGUUGUGAAUCAGUGCAUUGGCAUGAUUAUGACGAAGACGAAGACGAAGAGGAGGAGUCGCAUUUGUGUAUAACGGAUUCUUCUACCGACGACGAUAGCGAUCCAGAAGAUCAUCGUCAUCAUGAUAAUCAUGUGGAGAAAUCACCGUCUGAUUGUUCAGGCAAUGUUUACUACAUGAAGAAGUCAGCUCCGCCGCCUCUGCCUACGAAAACUCCGUUUCCACCACAACCGCACAGUAGCUUGUCAGAUCCUUAUUGGAAUCCUACAUCUGGUUAUGUAGGCGAUGGUGCGUAUGUCACCAUCCCUCCGGCGAAAAAGACUCCGCCUCCGCCAUCGCCAAAUUCGCCGGCAAUGGAGUUUCUAAACCGGUUUGAUGCCUCUGAUGUGUUUGAUGGUGAAUAUGUAGGCUUAAUUUCGACUGGAGAUCAUGAAAAUGCUUUGAAUUCAAUUAGCCCUAAUUCGAGCAACGUGAGGGAGAAAGGGGGCAUUUCUAAAUUGGGGGAAGAAACAGAGCAUAUGGCCUGUAGAAAGCCUUUCAAGGGAAAGAGAGUCACUAAAUGUACUUCAAAAUCUGUGCCGUUGCGCAACGGUGAAGGUAGUUCUAGAUCAGUGCUUUUACGGGGUAGUGAGAAGAGAAAGAAAUCACCACUGGCACUGCAGCGUAGUGUAGAGAGUGUUAAUCAAUCCAGUUCAAUGAAGAAGAAGAAGAAGAAGAAAGGGGCAGGUUGUGAGCUGGAGAGGAAGUCUAGCAAUGCUGGUUCUUCAAGGUUGAGUAGUGAAACCGUGUUGUCAAAUGGUGAAGCAAGAGACUUGAGGGACGUGGUGGCUGAAAUUAGAGAUAACUUGAGAUUGCCGAUUCUGUCACGGAUAUUGUACCUUACAGUACCAUGGCUGACGUUUAUGGAUUCUUCGUCAAUAUCGUCCUUGACAUUUGCUUCUAGAUCAGUGAAGAUGGCAAAGUUGUACUUUGAAAACGUUGGAAAGGAAUUUGGUGCCAAGUUCGGUAGCCUUUCUUCCACUCUGGACAAGAUAUAUGCUUGGGAGAAGAAGCUUUACAAGAAAGUUAAGGAUGAAGAAAACCUUCAGAUCAUGUAUGAGAAGCAAAGGAUGAAGCUAAAUAUCGUGGAUGAGGUUGGAGCUGAACCCACCAAGGUUUAUGCUGCUGAAGUUUCUGCUAUAAGAUUGCUAAUGGAGCUCGAUGUUUGUGUCAAAGAAAUUGAUGUCAUAUCAAGUAGGAUACACAAGUUAAGGGAUGAAGAAUUACAACCAAAGACCAUUGCAUUGAUUCGAGGGAUGACAGGACUGUGGAACACGAUGCUCGGAUGCCAUCAAAAGCAGUGUGAAGCCAUCUCGAAGAGUAAAAUGCAAAACCUCAGAGUGAAAACUGGUUCCCAAAAGAGUUCCAUCACCAAUCUUGAAAAGGAGGUUCGUGCAUGGCAUCGCCAUUUCAAUGAUUGGAUUUGCUUCCAGAAGUUGUAUGUCGAAUCCCUGAAUGGAUGGCUUCAGCAGUUUCAUCAACACGAAGUAGAAGCAACUCCUUACAUCCCCACUCCUUAUUCACCGGGACAGCUUGGAGCUCCUCCUGUUUUUGUGAUCUGCAACGACUGGCACAAGGCAAUGGAGGCCAUCUCUGAUCGAAGGAUGUCAAAUGCUAUGAACGCCUUCACUGACGGCUUGCAGAAACUACGGGGAAAAAAGGACGAGGAGGUGCAUCAACGGCUUAAAGCAGAACAUGUUUUGAAGAACUAUCAGAAGCUGAUGAGAACUCAUCGCAUAGAGAUGCAGAGAAUGAAGCAUGGUCUUGAUGGGUCAAAGCUGGAUGAUGUGAAGUUGAAUUUGGAAAUUUUGAAGCAGAGAUUGGCAGAGGAGAGAACGAAGCACAACAAUGCGAAGAAUCUGGCACAGACUGCAGCUUGUUGUAGCUUACAAGGAGGACUAGUUCCUAUUUUCAAAGAAUUGGAAAACUUCACAAUGAAAGCUCUGAAAUCACAUCAACAUAUUAGGCUGCCGCAUCCAAUUUUGCAGUAGAGAUGAGGUGAGGAUUCUGCAACUUAAUCUUAGUGUGACACU